UCUUCUGCUUCUUCUGCUUCUUCUGCUUCUUCUUCUUCCUGACUGUGCAGCUCAACGGCUCUUGGCUCAAGUAUGUUUGCUCGAAACUGGGAAAGUCGCCCAGCCUCCGCCUGUAGGUUGAACCACACCUGGGACGGAGGACUGUGCUAAUUCACCGACAGCAAUGCGGUAAAGAAAAAAAAGAGAGAAGAGAAAAAAGAAACGCGACCUCGGCGGUGUGCUGUGGAUGCUGUCCGGUGUUUUCUGCUGCUCUUUUUUAACAACAAAAAAGUCGUUAUCUUCCAGACUUCACACUGAUGUCUUUGUUUUAGCUAGCCCGCACGCACGUUAGCUGCUUCCGGAAAACAACCUUCACACAGAAAAUCAAGAUGAAGACGUGGAGAUAACAUUUUUGACUCUGGAUCAUUGUUUUGACUUUGGAUUUGGGAAUGGAUUUUAGCUUUUGACACACAGACACAUUCUCGUUAAGUUUCACCAAACAAGGUUUUUACGGAGAUAAGAGGACGUCGUUUUUUUCCCAGAAACAAACAAGUUUGGACUGAUUUCAAUCAGCUCAUGGCUGCAACUGAAACCAAAGCUGUCGGCAGCGCUCCGGGCCUGUCGUGGGCGCGGGUCUGUAAGGAGUGUGGCCAGCAGCACGAUGGCCUGGAGAGCCACCUGUAUGAGUACCAGGACGAUGUGGACGAUGAACUGGUUUGCCACAUCUGUCUGCAACCCCUCAUCAGACCUAUGGACACCCCUUGUGGCCACACAUAUUGCUUUCACUGUCUGAGUAACUUCUUGAAAGAGCAGGACUUCUGCCCCGUUGACCGCCAGCGGCUGCAGCUGCAUCAGUGCCGUCCCUCCAGCCUGCUGGUCAGGAACCUGCUGGACAAGCUGACUGUGAUGUGCCCCCACAAUACAGAGUGUCAGCAGCAGAUGCAGCGCUGUGAACUGCAGCCUCACCUGCACAACAGAUGUCCUGUUUUUAGAAGACUGAGGGAGGAAGCAGAGAAAAGGAAGAGGCCCUCGUGGAACGAGCUAAAGGGACGCAAGAGUGACGGGGAGUCAUCUGGUGAUGCUAAACAUUCAGCGUCUCUGUCCCGAAAUCCCACCAGAGAUCAGCCCGAGCCUGGACUGAUUAAUCCUGCCUAUGAAGAGAGCGAGGAUGACAACACCCCCCUGCGGUCCAGUCUGGUGGCCGAGGCCAACGUGGUGGAGCUGUUCAGAGAGGAGCCGGAGGAGGAGCUGGGCCUCCGCAUCGUGGGGGGGAAAGACACACCGCUGGGGAACAUAGUCAUCCAGGAGAUUGUCAGGGACUCGCUUGCAGCUCGUGAUGGCCGACUGGCCCCAGGAGACCACAUCUUGGAGGUGAAUGAUGUCAGUUUGGCUUCAGUCCCCCACGCCCGGGCCAUGGCAGUGCUACGGCUGCCUACCCUCCUCAAGCUCACCGUUAUGCAGGAGAAAGGUUUCAAAACAAGGGAGCCGCGGUCCGAUCACCACCCUUCCUCUUCCACUGCCUCACAGCCCUCUCACAGUCCCCAUGGCAACACUAUCUCCAAUCACAACCCUGGCACGGUCCUGCAGGUGACGUUAAUGAAGAGCCAGCGCAGCGAACCACUUGGUAUCAAACUCAUCCGCAAGUCGGACGAGAGUGGGGUUUUCAUCUUGGACUUGCUGUCUGGUGGUUUGGCAGCCAAAGACGGAAAACUGAGGAACAAUGACAAGGUGUUGGCCAUCAAUGGACACGACCUGAGGCAUGGCACACCUGAGAGCGCUGCCCAGAUCAUACAGGGGAGCGAGGUGCGUGUGAACUUCGUGGUGAUGAGACCUGCAGAGACUCAGGAGGAAGGAGGGAGCAGCAGAGACGGCAGAGCCAGGAGGCCUGAGCCGCAGUACUUCAGGCGCCAGUCCACCUACAUGAAGGAUCCUCCAGGAGGGUUUUCCAGCCAGGAGAAGACUGUGAGCCUCAAGAAGGAGCCUCGGCUCUCACUGGGCAUCACCAUCGCCGGGGGGAGGGACUGUCGCAGCCGCCUGCCUGUUUACAUCACGAGUGUGCAGCCUGUCGGCUGUCUGCACCGAGAUGGCACCAUCAAAAGAGGCGACGUCCUGCUGAGCAUCAACGGUGUCGAUCUGACCCAGCUGACCUACAGCGAGGCCGUUUCUGUGCUGAAGGCUCAGACAGCUCAGUCCCAGGUGGUGCUCCGCGUCAUCCAGACUCUCUCUGACGACUCCGAGGAGGACAUCGAGUCUGCCAACAAGGACGACCUGGACCCUUUAGAAGAACUCAGAGACGACACCCUCAACUGGACGCCACUGUGGACUCGCUGGCUGGGGUUACCAAGUCACAUGCACUGGUGCCGGGACAUCGUCCUGCAGAAGACCAACAACGAGAGCUGGGGCUUCAGUAUCGUCGGGGGCUAUGAGGAGAGCCACGGCCAGCAGCCUUUCUUCAUCAAAACCAUUGUGCCUGGUACGCCUGCUCACUUUGACGGACGCCUCAAGUGUGGCGAUGAGAUCGUGGCGGUGAACGGAGCCACAACCGUGGGAAUGAACAACUCGUCACUCAUCCCCAUGCUCAAGCUGCAGAAGAAUAAAGUCACGCUGACGGUGGUGUCCUGGCCCGGGAGUCUCGUGUAGCACAACACACUUUUACUGACAACACUAUCGCCCCCUUUGUUGAUCACACGCACACACAGAUCGGUGCCCUGUUCUGCUGCAUUCUUGACUCUCUGUCCCCUCCAUAUGUGACUCACUGUUAGGUUAGACUCUUGUUCCAUCCUUCGAUUGGUUAUGUAACACAGAGCUUUUGUGUACUUAAGUACACAGUAAGAGCCAUCAUGUGCACAAUGUAAAUGACUUUCCCAGGCAGAGUCUCAGCAGGUAGCUGUUAGUUUCCCUCUCGCUCUGAAAGGGCAGAUGAUUGCACAAAAAUGGGUUUAAUCAGGGUGCAAAAAUGAUGACAAUCAGUGAAUUAUAUCUGUAGGGCGAACUGGAAGGAGGUGUUUGUAACAUAAUUUUGAUCCUUUUGUAAAUACGUAAAGUAGUUUUGCUUUCCUGUUGAAUAAUGUUAUCAUUUUGUAGCUAUGACUUGACUCAAGUGAUUCACAAAAAACGGCAUCCAAAGAUUAAAUGUAGCGCUUUGAAUACAUGUACACAGCUGUGAUUUAAAAAACGAUGGACGCCAAAGACAAGAAAGAUCAUCCCGACCUGCACCUUUUGUCCCAGUAGUGUGAUUGAAUCGACUUUAUUUACAUUGCACUUUUAAAACAUGCAACAAAGAAACAUUAUAGAAGAAAUUCACCCAAAAAAUGUAAAUUCAGUUCUUAUCUACUCACCCACAUGCCAAAAAACAAAUACAAAAACACGCCAUCCUCAAAACAUUCCUGGAGUUUCACAGCAAAAGAGAGCUGCAGCAUUCUCCUAAACAACUGAAGGAGACAGACUUGUUUUGAAACAUAGAAAAUAAAUCAUAUAAUGGCUCCACACAGCUUGUCUGGUGUAAUCCAAGUCUCGAGAAUCUUCGAGCCCCUAAUUGAUUUGAAAAGACGCCACACCACACUAUUAGCUCUGCAGCCGAAGCCAAGCAAGUCCCAUCUCCUUCAGUUGUUCAGGAGAAUGCUGCGAUGCUGUUGUGCUUUGAAGUUCUACAAAAGUUUUGUAAACUAUGAAGCUUCACCCAACUUUCCAUCCACACAAGGAAGGUAGAUAAUGACUCAUUUUUCAUUUUAAGGCGAACCUACCCUUUUAAGAAUUAAAUCAACAGCUACAUCUUGUUAUAAAAAGACAGGAAGGUUGUUUGACAUUUUGGUCCUGGCCCAGACAAAAAGGAUCAAUUUAAAGUGGCCUAAAGAAUCUGAAAUAUCUGAGGUGCAGUCCUAAAACCUUACACCCUCCUCAACUUGGCAGGAAACAUGCGUAGACCAUUUAAUUAAGUUAUGUCGGGGUCGAGGUUUUUCACCAGGAAAUAAACACGGACACAUUUAUCUGUUUUGAUGAAAAGUGUUGUUAAUCCAUAGAUAACACAUUCAGCGGUGUGAUUUAAUAACUGACACAUUUGCGUUGACUUGUGCUUUGUAUUUAUUUGUUUUAGAUGACAUAGUGGCUCAUACUGAACGACUUUGACAAGCGUGUGGACAUUGAAGGACAAACCAGAAUGUAAACUUGCCUUAAAUUUGCCACUGUAGCACAUGUUUCCUCUCAUUAUACACAGUUUAUAGGAAAAGUUUAAUGGCCUUGUUCAGACACUGUUGCGUUACCUCGUUUGAUUUUGUUGUGUCAACACAUUCCAGGUGGCCUUCCUCGUGUCUUCACUGAUAUGAGACUUACUGAGUAACACGUAGAUAGUGUAUGUAUAUAUAUCAACAGUAGGUAGUGUGCAUAUAAGCCUGUCCACUGUUUCAUUAUGUUCAAUAAAGUCAUAACAAGUUGUG